UACUGUCACAAAAGAAGAAGCUGAGAAAAGUAUUUCAGUCGAGUUUCAGUGCGACAAUUUUUUUGUAAUUUCGUAAUAAAAUGUGUAAUAAUGGAAAACAGGCAGCCCAGUUCAAAUAAUGUGAUAGUGCCAGAAUUGUACUUCCUAAUUGCAAAAUUUUUGACUGCAGGCCCGCUGGAGGAGACAGCAAAGAUACUGGUGAAAGAACUAGAGCAAAAGAAGGUAUUGCCCCGACGCAUCGACUGGUUGGGAAAUGAGCAUGACCAGACCUUUGAAGAGUUGGUAAAUAAGUACGCACACAUUGGUCCAAAUCAUAUACUAGAAAUAUGCAGUCGUCUUGGUCCACUGGUGGACAAGGAGUUGGCGCCCAGCGUGCCAGGCAUAAACUCGUUGCUUGGGAGAGGUCGCCAGCAUUUAUUACGUACAAAAGACACCGUCUACCAAAAUCGUACAAUUCGUGAUUAUUGUACAAGUUUGCAUGGCAUCUCACUGCCCGACUCCAAUCUCACCAAGCCCAUACACAACCUAAGCAAGGUAAUUUCUGGUCGUGAACAUGGCGGUCUGGUGCGCCGCAAAUUGUUGGUGCCCACGGAUCUUUAUCGCAAGACGAAGCUAUUGCGCCGCACCGUGGGCCACUUAUCUUCCGUGUAUUGUGUGCUCUUUGAUCGCACAGGACGUUACAUUAUCACGGGAGCCGACGAUUUACUUAUCAAGAUUUGGUCUGCUGCAGAUGGUCGUCUCUUGGCUACGCUGCGUGGUGCUUCAGCAGAAAUCACAGAUAUUGCUAUUAACUUGGAUAACACAAUGCUGGCGGCAGGUUCAGUCGAUCGCAUAUUGCGUGUUUGGGACAUGCAAACCACAUCACCGAUUGCUGUUCUUGCCGCGCACACAGGCAUGAUAACAUCUGUGAACUUUUGCCCGUCGCCACGUAGCGAUCUAAAGUAUUUGGUAACCACAAGCACAGAUGGUUCUAUUGCCUUCUGGCAGUACUCCACGCCACGCGGUCAAAAGAUCACAUUUGCUCCUCGUCCCACGCAAUACCAUGAGAAGCUGCGGCCAGGUCAGGCGCAGAUGAUGUGCACUACGUUUUCACCAGGCGGCGUAUUCUUGGCUGCCGGCUCUGCUGAUCAUCAUGUACGUGUUUAUAUGAUGGCCGAGGAUGGACCUAAGCGUAUUCUGGAGACGGAAGCUUACACAGAUGCUGUUGAUUCGGUGCAGUGGUCGCAUCGAGGUCUGCGCUUCAUCUCUGGCAGUAAGGAUGGCACAGCGCACAUCUGGACCUUUGAGUCUCAGCAGUGGAAAAGCCUCAAGCUUUGCAUGACCGAACGUUUAGCCAGUUGUCCACCACCAGAGGAAGGAAAGAAAUUGAAGGUUACAAUGGUUGCCUGGGAUGCCUCUGAUCGUUAUGUUAUCACAGCCGUCAGCGAUUUCACUAUCAAAAUCUGGGACUCCAAAUGCGGUCGAUUGCAUCGCGUGCUGCGUGGCCACAGGGAUGAGCUAUAUGUACUUGAAUCAAAUCCCAGGGAUGAACACGUGCUGCUGUCUGCUGGUCAUGAUGGCCAGGUCUUUCUCUGGGACAUUGAGCAGGGUGGGAGCGUCGCUCAGUUCUUUAAUGACAUAGAUGGCCAAGGACAUGGCAGCGUCUUUGAUGCCAAGUGGUCGCCAGAUGGCACUAUGAUAGCUGCCACAGAUUCACAUGGUCAUAUAUUGAUAUUUGGCCUUGGCAUCGGCACCGAAAAGUACAAAUUGUUGCCCACUGAGCUGUUUUUCCAUACGGAUUAUCGGCCUCUGCUUCGUGAUGCCCAUCAUCAUGUGGUGGAUGAACAGACUCAAAUAAUGCCACAUCUAAUGCCACCGCCAUUUCUUGUCGAUGCCGAUGGAAAUCCACAUCCUACAAAAUAUCAACGCUUUGUGCCCGGUCGUGAAGCUUGCAGCGUGGAUCAGCUAAUACCCAAUCUGACAGUGGGUAUCGAUGGUAUUGUGAUUGAGGAUAAUGUGAAUGCAGCGAACAAUCCGGGAGCUCCUGCUGCACCAGCAGUCGCCGCCGCAGCAGCUGCAGCUGCUGGGAAUUAUUCACACAUUGAUCGCAUGAUAGCUGCAUUGGCAAAUCGUCAAGGCACCAAUGCCGCCAAUGCCAAUGAUGGAGGUAAUGCAAAUCAAUCGUUUGAGCGUCUGAUCAUGCGUCAAGGCCAGGGACAGGAGCAAUUGCCAGACUCCAAUUCACCACGUGCUGCUGCACAGCGAGGCAACGUUUUGGGCGGCCGUCGCUCAAUAACCGACGGCACUCCGCGUUCCGGCUGGGCAGCAGCAGCACGCACUGCCGCUGCAGCUCCUGCAGCUGCGGGAGGAGCUGAACAGCCAGCACCGGCAGGUGAACAACAGAAUGCCGCAUUACCGGCCCAGCAGGCGUUGCCUUUGAAGUUUGUGCGUCGCACCUAUGUGCGACCCAUGAAGUAUGCCCAACUGCAGAACUUCAAGCAAACCAUCUAUUCCGCUGGCCAGUUCGAGAUGCAAGAAUAUAAGCGUGAGAUGCGUCGACGUCCUAUCAUGAUAAAUACGGCGAGUGCAGCUUCUGCACAGCAGGCCGGAGUGGGGAGACAGCGCAAUACACGAUCCAAUGGCGGUCGGCCUGGACGACGUCGAGGUGCUCAGUCGGGCCAGCAACAGCAGGGAGCACAGCCUGCCUAUCGUACGCGUGCGGUGCGAGAUCAAGAGGAGCUGUACGAUGAACCGGCUGUACCUAAUGUACACGAGGAUGAGGAGGACGAUGACAGCAGCAAUAGCUCUGGUGAUACUAGCUAUUCGAAUGUCGAGGAGAAUUUAGAGGACAGUAGUGAUGAAUCGGAAACGGAUAGUUCAGAUUACUCGGACUGGGUGGCAGAUACACCCGGCCCUAAUCUUGAGCCACCAAAGCGCUCCAAACGCAAGCCACUAUCGCGACGUCGCACUACUAGCGAUGACAGUAGUGAUGAUGCCGGCACCGGGCAGGCAGCCAGUAAAAAGCGUGGACGCAAGCGUGUACUUAUCCCACCAAGGGCACCAAACGGUGAAAUACCGGAGCUUUAUCGCCCAGCCGAAUGGCUGUCGGAGGUGAUACCCCGAAAGGCGCCCUACUAUCCCCAAAUGGGCGAUGAGAUUGUCUAUUUUCGGCAGGGACACCAGCGAUAUCUCGAGGCUGUGCGUUUGAAAAAAGUCUACAAGCUGUCGCACAGCUCGGAGCCCUGGAAUUUUCGUCCGCUGCGUGAUCACGAGCUGGUGCGUGUCAUUGGCAUUAAGUACGAGAUACGUCCACCUCGUUUAUGUUGCCUUAAGUUGGCCAUUAUCGAUGAGGAUGGCAACAUGACGGGUACCACAUUCAAGAUCAAGUAUCACGAUAUGCCAGACGUGCUGGACUUUUUAGUAUUACGUCAGACCUUUGAUCUAGCAGUGCAGCGCAACUGGAGCAUUGGUGAUCGCUUUCGCUGCAUGAUUGGCGACGGUUGGUGGUUGGGUGAAAUUGAAUCGCGUCAUGCACUAAGCGCUGAAUUCCCCGACUCGUUUUUUAUGUGUUGCCGCGUGCGCUGGGAUAAUGGAGAGUACGAAUACAUGAGUCCCUGGGAUAUGGAGCCCAUUGAUGAACAGCGACUGCCCGAUGAAGUAGGCGGCGCUAUACCCGUGCUACCGGUAGAAAUACGCGCCACUUUAUAUCAGCCGAAGUCAGAGGAGUGGCAUCGAGGUGAUCGCGAUGGCACCUGUCGACGCAUUAUUAACGGACUCGAGCAGGUGAUGCGUCUGUCGAUUGCCGAGCACUUUUUAGCCCCGGUUGACCUCAAUAUUUAUCCAGACUACGCCUAUUUGAUUGAGUAUCCCAUCGAUUUAACAACGGUCAAGUCGCGUUUUGAAAAUCAUUUUUACCGUCGCAUUACCUCGGCACAGUUUGAUGUGCGAUAUUUGGCUACCAAUGCGGAGCAAUACAAUCGUCGACACACGAGCAUCGUAAAACAUGCUCGAAUUGUGACCGAUCUGUGUUUACGUAUCAUUAGGGAAGCGGAUGAAAUAGACGUUGCAGCUGUUUAUCAUCAGUUGAUGGACGUGUAUCACUCAUCAGAGUCGGAGAACGAAGUGGACUCCGAUGUGGUGCCAUCAACUAGCACUGGUCCAACCACCUCAGCAGCUGCUGCACGUCAGCGUGUUUCAUCAACGCGCCGCUCGAAUCGCAUACGUUCGGAUGGCGAUUGGCGUUCCGAUUGUCGGCAAUUGUUGGAUUUGAUGUGGCAGCGGCCGGAUUCGUUGCCAUUUCGUGAGCCAGUCAAUACGAUGGACUUCGAAGAUUAUCUGGAAAUCAUUGCUACACCAAUGGAUUUGCGUACUAUUAAAGAAGACCUACUGGGUGGCAAUUAUGACGACCCAUUAGAUUUUGCCAAGGAUGUUCGCCUCAUAUUUCUGAAUUCAAAGAACUACAAUACAAACAAGCGUUCACGGAUAUAUGCAAUGACUCUACGAUUGAGUGCUCUAUUCGAGUCGCACAUCAAAACGGUGGUCAGCAACUGGAAGGCCGCACGUAGACGCUCCAACAAGAAUAAGUCUGGCAGCAGUGGACGUGGAUCAAGUAGUCCGAGCAAGCGAGCACCAACGGAGCGCACAACGCGGCGUACUCAGAAGCCACCGGGAGCUGGUACAUCGAGACGAUUGGAAGCACACAGCAGCGAUGAUGACGAUGACGACGACGAAGAUGACGAUGACGAUGUGGGGCAACAACAGACGACGUCACGGGGCUCGCAGCGUGGCAGUCGACGACGUAAUGGCGUUGCCGUUGUGGCCAGCAAUUCGGGUUCUAAUCGCGUGACAUCUUCAUCGUCCAAUGCGCAACAGCGCCGUCAUCAGAGCAGCAGCAGUUCGGACAGCGAGGAAGAAGAGGAGGAGGAGGAGACCACAUCAGACGCCAGCACCGAUGAGAACGAGGAUGAGGAGGCGCACUCUAACGACAGUUCACCGCAGCAGACCCGUCGUCGUCGCGGUCGACCAGCGCGCAAGAACCGUAUCAGCGAUGAUGAGUCGAAUGCCAAUGACUCUGAGGAGAGCUACAAUCCCAAUGAGCGACGCAGUCGACGUGCUGCUGGCGACGGUAAAAAGCGAAAAGCCAAAGGUCAACGUGGUCAUGGUCACUCCAACAAACGGCAUCGUGAUGAAACGUCAGGUCAGCUGCCAGGCGGUAGUCGAAGUGCUGGUGGCGUAACUGCGCGUCGCACGAGACGCCUGCUAGGCAGCUCCGAGGAAGAUCAUCCUCAUAUGGAAUCUCACUCGCAUCACGAUGAGAGCACUCAGGACAGCAGUCUGACGCCGCGCAAGAAGGGACGACAAGCCAAGUCCAAGAGCUCGACAACAAUUGGCAAUGGGCCCAGUACCAGUGCAGCUGCUGCCGCUGGAGGAAGCUCCAGCCUCGAGAGUCCGUCCCGCAAUACUCGUGCCAAUGGCGGAAGGCCACAGAAUGCUGCGGAGAAUGAUCACAGCUAUCAUUUGCCAGUGCGCAAUGGACGCAUUAUAGAGUCCGAUACAGACUCGCAUGGGCCAACUGGAAGGCCGACCAGGCAAAGCGCCAAGCGUGCGCUUAUGGAUUGGGCGCGCGGCAGUGAUAUCGAGGAGGAGGAGGAGGAAAGUGAGGAGGCCGAAGAGAUUCUACCUACGCCUACAAAGGACGAUAUGCCGUCGACUAGCCGUGCUGCCCUUAGUCUGGCAGCAACUGGUGGAGCCGCAUCCUCAUCACGACAGCUACGUACGAAUCGUAAUACCGUUGUGAACGCUGCGGCGGACAGUGAGGACGACGAUGACGAUGACAGUGAUAACGAGCCCUUGGCCAACAACCAGCAAAAAACUGCCUCUUUGAAAACCAGCACACCAGCUCCACAUCCGCUGGUAUUGCGACGUCGCUUACCGUCGCCACCACGUAGCAUGCAUAUGACACGCUCACAUGCAACAUCCACGACCAGCAACUCCAAUAGCCAACAGGAAGCUCCAACGGCCGCACAUGAUCACAAUUAUAUGGGUAGUGAGUCGACGGCGGCAGCUCGUGCUCCUCGCCGUAUGUUGUCGCGUCAUCAACGCAAUGCUGAUACUCUGGAUCCCAAUCUCGACCCAUUGAACAAUUCUCGUCUGUUGCCUUCGAUAUCAAAUCCCAGUCCCACCUCAACCACAAACAAUGGGUCAACGCGUCGUCUGCGGGGUCGCGCCAGUCAAGAGCAUUCGCAAGACGAGGCGGCCGAGGAAUUGCCAGAUGAAGAGGAUGCCGCCGCUUCGGAUGAAGGCACCGAUGGUGGCUCCAGCUCGCAGCCCAGCCACGAGGAAGUCGACGAAGAAGAAGAUGCCACUGCCACAGAUUCGGAAGACAAUCAACCGUUAACCAGUUACGUUUCACCCAGCAAUGGACGCACACGGCGUAAGACGAAAACCUCAUCCUCGUCGGCGGCAACGGUGUCACAACGUCACAAUCGUCGUAGUCGUGCCACCUCAGAUAAUUCGUUUGUCAACGACAAUGACGACGAUGAGGAUUACGAGGCUCCAUCGCGGCGCAGUCGAAGCAACCGUCUGCGUAGCAAUCAGCGCAGCGGUCGUAAUCAGAAACGUCCGCGCUACAAUGAGCAAUCUGAUGAAGAGGAUCAGCAACACAAUCACAGUCAGCGUAAGCGAAUGCGCAACGGCGACGUUCAUGCAGCCAACCAGACCAACCACAACAACAAUAGAGCUAAUAGUCGCAGCUCACAGGAGCAGCAUGAAGAGCCAAUAGAUGAAGAUGGCAGCUCAACGGUGGACAGUGAUGAGCAAUUGGUGAGCGUGAGCAGCCGUGGACGUGUACGCAAAAUAUCGGCAAAAGCGCGCGGCAUAUUCAAGGAUUGAAAUUGGGCUUUGUCAGCCGGAUGCGCUCAAGACUGUUUUAUGUAUAAAUUAAUUAUAAACGCAGCGGCAAAUAACAUUUUUCUUGAAUUUGCUUCUAAUUAUUGAUUAAUGUGUAAGAUUAAUAACUCAUUGUCAUUGUAAUAUGUCAGGUGUCCUGUCCAAGUCCCUUAUGAUUC